AAUUUGUCAGUGGAUUAUUUGUGCAUAUAUCAUCUUGUACCUUUCUCUCUCUAAAAUUCCCCAGAUCCGUCUCUUUCUCUCUCUAGAUUCUUCGAGUUCUUUAUAUAUAAUCCCAAUUCCCAUCGCUGAUUGUCGAGAUUAGAAGUUGGAGGCUCGGUUUUUAGUGUUUAUUUUGAAGAAUUCAGGGUUAAAAAUGGCGCAAGCUGUGGAGGAUUGGUACAAACAGAUGCCUAUUAUUACUCGUUCGUAUCUCACAGCUGCAAUUGUUACAACAAUUGGUUGCUCCCUUGAGAUCAUCUCGCCGUAUAACUUGUACUUGAAUCCCAGACUUGUCGUUAAGCAGUACCAAAUCUGGCGGCUGAUCACCAAUUUCCUCUAUUUCCGAAAGAUGGACUUGGACUUCCUGUUUCAUAUGUUCUUUCUGGCUCGAUACUGCAAACUUCUAGAAGAAAAUUCCUUCAGGGGAAGGACUGCGGAUUUCUUUUAUAUGCUCUUAUUUGGUGCGACCGUCUUGACCAGUAUCGUACUUGUUGGAGGGAUGAUACCUUAUGUAUCGGAAUCUUUUGCUAAGAUCAUUUUUCUUAGCAAUUCACUGACUUUUAUGAUGGUUUAUGUCUGGAGCAAGCAAAAUCCGUUUAUUCAUAUGAGCUUCUUGGGCCUCUUUACUUUUACCGCGGCUUACUUGCCAUGGGUUUUAUUGGGCUUCUCUGUUCUUGUUGGUGCUAGUGCUUGGGUGGAUCUACUUGGAAUGAUCGCUGGCCACGCUUACUAUUUCCUGGAAGAUGUAUAUCCAAAAAUGACAGGCCGUCGACCCCUAAAAACCCCAUCAUUCAUCAAAACAUUAUUUGCCGAUGAAGCAGUUGUAGUAGCACGGCCUGCGGAAGUGAGAUUUGCGGCCCCACCGGUUGAUGGAGUCAGACGAUGAACGGAAAAGAAGUCGAAACUGCAGAAGUUCUUGUAGAAAUCUUUUUUGUUUCUAGAGAUCAGGUGGCAUGCUAGCUUUACUUUACACUUCAAAAUGCACAUAACUUUGGUGAUGUUUUUGUAAGUUGUUCGUGUAAAGAAAUGCUGAGAUAUAGUAAGUUUACAAUAUGGGUAUUAUUCUUUAUCAACUUUUUGCCU